AUGCCAGCAGCUAAACCUCUAAUUGCCCCAACCCGAAGACUGCAGCGUAUCCAGGAGUACAAGAACCUGAGUGGGUUGUCUGCGUCUGAGCAGGUGUUGUGGUUUUUCACAAGGACAGAGAGACUCCUCAUUAGAGACGUGAGGAGGAUCCUUUGUCUUCCUGUGCAUAAGGAGCUCAGGUUCAAUCUGCGUGAGUGGCUGAAGCGCCGGCUGCGGGACAAGAUUAGUGUUCUCACUAAGAGGGCGUUGCAGCUGGUGUUGCAAAAGGUCUCAGGUAAAACGGUCACCCGGGGAGACUAUGUCCUGGACCCGGACUUGGAUCUCGGUUGGCUCUCUGAGUUCACCUUCAGGGUUCAUCCUUCUGACUAUUUCACUUAUCAAGAGACUUUUAGUGACGGGUCUGUAGAGAGGGAGUAUACUCAGCAGGAGACAGAGGACUAUUUUCCCUCCCUUUCCCUUACGUCUCCAUCUGAUCCUGAGGUAUACCUCCCUAGCGUUUCCCCCUCCUUCCGGUAUAUCCUUUCCCCAGAGCUGCAGGGUAAGGUGUUAGAGCACCUAGGACCGCAGGCCAUCUGUGACGUCAUAGCUGCGUGCUUUGGACGUGGGGAUAAGGAGCUCGAUAGUCUGUGUGUCUCGGCGCUGGAGAGUUCUGUCAGGAAGGGAGUCUUUGCCUUUGUCAGGGAAGCAUUGGCCGAUGACCUUGAUCUGUUCUUCAGUGCCAAGGCCAGGGAAGAGUACUGGGAGGAGCAGCGAGUGGGGAUAGUUAGUCCUCUGUGGGGGUUCCCUUGGGUCACCGGCGACCUCUACGGUCGUCAAGUGGCUUGGAGGAGUGCCGGGUUCCUCAGAGCGCACCGCGAUAAGGAGGCGUGCGAGCCUCCUCUGCCGGAGGCACGGGUACCAGAGACUCCUAGUCCCAGUAGUAGUUGGGGGCCUUCUACCGGUUGGGACUAG